AUGGGCGAUCGCGGAGGAAGAGGUCGAGGAGGAAGAGGAGGCUAUGGCGAUAGUCGAGGCGGUAGUGACAGAGGCUAUAGUGGUCGAGGUCGUGGUGACUAUGGAGGAAGAGGCAGCUCAUUCUCCUCUCAAGCAACUCUGGCUGGUCCCCUUCACCAGGGCCCAAUUCCUGCAGUCGCUAUUGCUGUGCCAGCCCAGAUUUCGCGACGAGGCAUUAUUACUAAUGUUGGUGAAAUGCCCGUUCGUCCAAACUAUGGUGCUAGAGGUCGCAAAGUCCCCUUGUUUGCCAACUUCUUUCGCAUGAAGUACCCGAACUUUGAAGUAUUUCAAUAUGACUUUGCGAUUACUCCUUCUGCACCCAAGCACGUAAAGCGCGUCGUAUUUGAAGCGUGGAAGGAACAAUAUGCUGCCACGCUGACUGGUCAGAUGGUUAACGUUGUAAAGCAUAUCAUCUUCGACGGCGAGAAGAAUUUCUACUCCAUGAGGCCCCUGCCUUUCCAAUCUCAGGAAUUCUCGGUUGAGGCUGCUGACGGUCCAGAAGAUACGCGUAAACGAACCUAUGCUUUGAAGAUGCAGACUACCACCAAAGUGGAUAUGUCAACUUUGGACUCGUACUUGAAUUAUUAUGGAAGUGGACCACAGCCUGAACUUCCUCGAAACGCUAUUCAAGUGCUCGAAAUUUUGAUUCGACACGUCCCUGCUUUGCUUUUUAACACUGUCGGACGCUCGUCGUACUAUUUGAAAGAGAGUGUUGGAAGUUCCAUUCGAGACGGACUCUUUGUCCACCUUGGAUGGUUUCAGUCCAUUCGACCUGGAUUCACUCAGCUCUUGUUGAACUUGGACGUCUCUGCUACCGCUUUCUAUGAAGUUGAUACCGUGGCAAAUGUGGUCGCCCACUUUUGUGGACAGCAGUCUAUCAUGCCCUUCUGGCGUAAUGCGCGUCCCAAUCAAGUGAAAGACGUCAGCAAGUUCUUGCGUUAUGUCACUGCAGAACUCAACUAUCAACCUGCCGGAAAUCGCAAAAGGUACAGGAUUACAGGUCUUGAUACACAAUCUGCUGCUCAGCGACGUGUACCAUACACUGCCGAAGAAACCGACCACCCUCCAAAUGAAACCGUCGCUCAGUAUUAUCUUCGAGUUCACAAUAUCACAUUGCGAUAUCCAGAUGUGCCUUGUGUUACAGCUGGUAGCAAGCGCACAGUCUAUUUGCCAAUGGAAUUGUUGUCAGUCCGUCCUGGGCAGCGCCAUCUUGGUCAAUUGAAGCCGGAGCAGCUCGCAGAGAUGAUCAAAGUUACGUCUACUACUCCUGACGAUCGUUUGCGUCGCAUUGUUGACGGAGAUCGUGCUCUCCACGCAAAUCCAAAGGUCGCUAGCUUCUUGAAAGAAUGGGGUCUUCAGAUUGAAGACAAGAUGCUCCAAAUUGAAGGGCGAGUUAUUGAAACACCCAAUCUUACAGUUGGUGCAGGCCAACGUGGACAAAUUUCGCCUCGAGAAGGUUCUUGGCAAGCUGGAACAUUUGCAGUACCAGCUGGUGCUGGCAAUACUGGUUGGUCCUUGAAGUAUUGGUCGAUCUUGAUUUUGGAAUCACCACGAGACUACGAGUACCGGGCUGUUGAGAACUUUACGAGAGUUUUGGUUGAUACCCUUUUAAAGAAAGGCAUGGCGGUCAGCAAUAAGGAACCACCGAUAUUACAGGCGAAGGGACAAAACUAUCACGCUGCUAUUUUGGAAGCAGGAAAGGCAGCUAUUGCUGGCGCCCAAAAGGUGGCUCCUCAACUGAUUAUCGUCGUUUUGCCGAAGAAGAACUUUGUCGGCUAUCCGGAAAUCAAGAGAAUUGCCGAAACUGCUCUUGGUGUAAUGACACAAUGUGUCGCAUUACCCAACUUGACCAAGGAUCGUGGCAUCGAAAUGUAUUGUGACAAUGUCACCCUCAAAGUUAAUGCUAAACUUGGUGGUAUCAACACCUUCUUGGAUCCUGGACGUGGAGAGCUAACGGCAUUUGCCAGUAAUAUUCCUACAAUGUUAAUGGGAGCCGACGUUACUCAUCCAAGGCCUGGCUCACAAGGCAGGUCCAUUGCUGCUGUCGUCGGAAGCAUGGACCAAAAGUUCUGCUUUUACAAUGCUGCUAUACGCUCCCAAGGCGCUCGUGUCGAAGUAAUUUCCGACAUGAAAGAAGCCGUUAAAGAACUCUUCCAGACCUUCCGAAAUCGCUCGAACCUAUACCCUCAACGUGUCGUCUUCUUUCGAGAUGGUGUCUCGGAAGGCCAAUUCACAGAAGUUGUGCUUAACGAAGUCAGAGCAAUCAAGACUGCUGCUCAGGAAUGUGGCAUUCAAGGAUUGACCUUGACAUUCAUUGUCGUAACGAAGAAGCACCAUGCUCGAUUCGUACCCGUAAAUCGAGGCGACGGUGAUCGCAGGAACGGUAACUGCUUGCCAGGAACUACCGUUGAUACGUCAGUAGUGCAUCCUUUUGCUUUCGACUACUAUCAGUUCGGAAGUCAAGGAUUGUUGGGUACUUCGCGACCGGCCCACUAUACCGUGUUGUUCGAUGAGCACAAAUUUGACGCCGAUUCCCUACAAGCUUUCACCUUCCGAUUAACCCAUCUUUACGCUCGUUGCAACCGCUCCAUCUCGUUGGUUGCUCCUGUUAUGUAUGCCCAUCUUGUAGCUGCUCGUGCGAGAUGCUACGCUCCCGACAUGGGCUCCCAAUCUGUAUCCUCCGAAGGUGCAGAAGGAGCUGAAGUUCCUUUGCGCGCGGUAUUGGACACAGUCAAAUCCACCAUGUAUUUCACAUGA